AUGGAUCAAGCGGACAUCCCUGCGCUGCUGGCGCGCAUGGCCAGUGACGAAGAUGCGUCGCGCAAAAUGGCAGUGUUCAAACUGCAGAACUCGAUUAACGAUCCGGCUUUCGCAGACGUUUUCAUUUCGUCGGGCGGUCUUAUUAUCCUCCGCCGACUUGUCAUGACAUCUGCUGGCAACACACUCGCUUACUCCCUCCAAAGUCUAACACGACUGUUGGAAGUCGAUAUGGGAUGGGAUAUCUUUGAAGGCCCAACAGCCGGUGAUCUCGUCGAGCGUGUUGUCGAAUUGAUCGUCACAAACCCCCUGGUCAAUAUUUUAAGAGGUGCCAUGUCCAUCCUGGUCGCUCUCGUUGGCCAUUCUCAGUCUACUCACCAAAACGGUACCACGAACCGAACUCCAGGAACCUUUGGGUUCCGCGCCUUAAAGCCAGCCGUUGCUGUGUACCCACAGUUCUUCGAGUUGGUCAUACAGCAGUUGCAGAGUGCCGACCAUGCUCUGUGCGCCAACUCUCUCAUGUUGAUCAACGCCCUGAUCCGAGACGCCGUGUCAGACGAGAGUACCAUGAACGGCGGAAAAGCCAAUGCUGGCUCGGGAGAGGACUGGGCGAAAUUUAUCAAGCGAUUGCACGACUUGGGCCUGAUUAAGGCUGUCCAUCGGCUUAUGCAGAGCUCUGCCCUUCAGGAUCUGGCGCAUCCCAUGCUGGAGUUUCAAACGUUAACAAAAAUACUUUUGAGGAAGUGGCGCGAGGUUGAUGUUGAUCUAGAGCGGCCGGAACAUCGAAGAGCUCUUAAGGGACUUCAUCUAGCGAGCGCACCGGAGCGAGUUCCCGUGAAUGGCCAUUCGCCGGGGCAGGACUCGCACGAAGCACCGACGAAGAAAGGAAGCAGGCGACAUAAUCCGGAGAAGUGGAGGAGAUUGGGCUUCGAGACUGAGAGCCCUGCCCAGGAGUUUGGCAUGACAGGCUUCCUUGGUAUGAUGGACUUGACUGACUACGUACGCAAGAACGAAGAUGGAUUUCAAAAGAUGUUGCUCGAGCAGGCGGGGAAACCUGCAUCUGGGCGAUGCCCCGUCGCCAGGGCCAGUUUUGCUGUUACCAUGAUACUGUACGACCACUUCGACGUUGACAAGACGGACCUCGACGAUGUCAGGAGCUACCAACUAUUGGAAUCCAAGGACCACGACAGACUAUUCAGACCCCUGUUACUUCAGUGGUCUCGGCUACAUACCGCAGGACUAUAUGCCUUUUUCCGGGUAUGGAAACUUACCGGCGCGGAACAAGGUGAUUUCGAGAAGGUGGCCGAACUGGUUAGGAUAUUGGUCGAUUCAGUUGUCGGGGGUGCCAGACGAACAAAGGACGUAGCCGAGGUGGAAGAAGAAAUGCAGGAGUACGACGUGCCACGAUUACGAGAGCAGCAGAUGGGUCUUUUGGAGAUGUCAUUUGAGAACACUUGGGGCCAGCACCUGCAGCAAGUGAGAGAAGAGCUCAGGCAGGAGGCUUUGCAGUUUGUCAAGGAACAGCGGAUUCGUUGCUUGCUUCAAGGAUCCUGGUUCUCGAAGCCGACACCAAAACGAGACAACAACAGCCAAGUUAAGCACCGGCUAUUUACUCCCACGCCUUGGCGAUUUGCCAAACUGUCUCACAAUCGGCGAUAUCUUCAUUACGCUGAUUUUGAAGAGAGGACAAUUACAAGCCCCGGAUUAGAUUCACUCGCCGAAAAGGUUGAUCUCAGCACCAUCAGCUCUGUCGUUUCUAACGUAUCUGCGCCCAACGAAGACAAUCGAAGUACUCUAAGUGAUAUGAUGGGCAAGGAUACCACUCCAAAAUCAACCACCAAGAUUACUGUUUACAGUUUCGUGAACCCUACGGAGGCAUCGCGGGGAGCGGAAGCUAAAGAGCAGCCAAUCUUGACGCUGUGGCCGCUGAGUCACAGUCUGGCUUCGGAGUGGCUGGAUGGUCUUCUGAUGCUAUUGAACCAGGCCCCGAUCACGGCAGAAACCAACAAACUGGUUAAUCUCGUGAGUGAGUACGGGCUCAAAAUUCGACUCUUGAACGUGCGAAUGGACACAGGUUUCGAGGGCCCGGAACCCGGAGCUGGAGUGAUUCCGAGCCGGGAGGGCCUGGAUGAGGACUACUUUUUUGAGGUCUGA